AUGGCGGAACGAGACUCAAGACCACAAGGGCUUGCCGCCGCCGCCGCCGCUUCCGCACCCGUCACCCCAGACCUCAAGAUCAAACCCCCAAGUCCGCUGGCGCUAGCCCAGAAAGUCGACAUGGAGAGCAAAAUGGGCGACGAGGCAAAAACCACAUGGAACACCAAGAACCUGGGCUUCCGCCUCGGCGCCGACCUCUUCAGCGCAGCGUGCGCCGGCACCUUGGUCGCGCCCCUGGUCUCCAUCAUUGACCGCUCCAUCAUGGAAAACGCCUCCGGCCGCCGGCCCCUAGGCGAAUGCGUCCGCUCCUGCCUAAAAGAACUCCUCCUCCGCCCCCACGCCGUCGUCCUCUCCAAACCCUUCGCCCUCAUCUUCGCCCUCUACGGCGGCACCUACCUCACAGCAAACACCCUCGACACCGCCUCCUCCACCAUCCACAACCACUCCGCCUCCACCGUCACCUCGGGCACCGCAAAAUUCGCCGCCUCGAGCACCGCAAACAUUGGCAUCUGCAUGUACAAAGACCAAGUCUUUGCGCGCAUGUUUGGUCCCCCCGGCGCCACGCCCCGUCCCGUACCGAUGCUCACCUACGCGCUGUUUACCUUGCGCGACUGCAUGACGAUUUUCGCGAGCUUUAAUGUCCCACCGAGAUUGGGGCCCUGGCUGAAUGAGCGGAUGGGCGAGGAGAUGAGGAAGAAGGUGAGCGGGUUGACCGUCGUGCAGUUUGCCGCGCCGGCCAUGGUGCAGCUCGCCAGCACGCCGUUGCAUUUGCUUGGGUUGGACGUGUAUAACCGGCCCAACGCCGCUGCGACCCCCGUCUCGUGGCAGAACCGGUGGCAAUCUGUGGCUAAGAACUGGGGUAUCAGCACCAUGGCGAGAAUCUGCCGUAUUAUUCCGGCGUACGGUGUUGGUGGUGUCGUGAACCGCAAGGUGAGGUUGAGUCUCAUGGAAAGGGCGGAGAAAUGA